AUGACUUCGGUGUGGAAACUGGUGGCCAGUUUGCUCUUGAUCGCCUCUGCUUAUGCUGGCGAAAUCAAUGUCAAAAUCGAGAGACAUUUCCCUUGCUCGGCUAACUCAGGGCCCAAAAAGGAGAACUUGCUCAUUAAAUUCCCUUCAUAUAAGACUGCUGGAGUUGAAUUCCAUGAGGAAACUAACGCUCAAGGACACAAGUGUUUCCGUAUGAGCGGAGGGAAUGUCGAAGUUUUCGGAGCCGGACUCUCAGGGGAUAAAAAAUACUAUGUUCACCUUGAGACUAGAAUCGGAAUCAGAGGAAAGCCAGAGAGAUGUGUCAAUGCUGAUGCCAACGGAUGUGGAGGAAUUGGAUCUUGCGUCCACUGCGACAUCUGCCAGACAAUGGGAGGAUCCCUCAAGAACUUUGUUCAAAUCUUCAAAGGAAACAAACCAGCCCAAUGCUCAAGCCAGGGAUUGGCACCAGGAAACUACGACGACCUUAGUCUCCGUGUCUGUCUUCCAACUAAGAAUGAACUUCUCCCAUUCUUGGACAAGAAUGCCAGCCGUGCUGAACAACUUUGGGACUUAUUUGUUAGCUCUCGCGCUCGCUCUGGGGAAAUUCCAUUGGUCAUCGCUGCCCGUAUCUUCGACCGUCCAAUCAACAAUCUUGACCCUAAAAUCAUGAAUGAUUUACUUCAUGAUUCCAAGGAUGGCAUGAUCGGAUGUCAUUGGAUCUACGCCACUGUUUCUCAACAGAACUAA